CGGCGGUCAGUAUCAGUCAGUACGAUGCUCGGACCGAAGGUAACGUGGUCACUGCUGGCCGUGGCAGCAGCCUACCUCGUCGGAUCAACCAGCGCCCAGGAGAAGGACUGGUGGGAAACGACGGUCUUCUACCAGAUAUAUCCGCGAUCCUUCUUCGACACGAACGGCGAUGGGGUUGGUGAUGUGAAGGGAGUUACCGCAAAGUUGCAGCACCUGAAGGACACCGGCUUCGAGGCGACCUGGCUCAGUCCGAUCUUCUCGUCACCGCAGGAGGACUUUGGCUACGACGUCAGUGACUUCAAGUCGGUGGAUCCUCUGUUUGGAACGAACGCCCACCUGGAGGAACUGUUUGCCGAAGCGAAGAAGCUGGGAAUCAAGAUCAUCCUGGAUUUCGUGCCGAACCACUCCAGCAAUGAGCACGAGUGGUUUAUCAAGUCGGAGAAUGGUGAUCCCAAGUACAAGGACUACUACGUGUGGCAUGAAGGAAAAGACAAUCCUCAGGGAGGUCGUAAAAUCCCACCGAACAACUGGCAAUCCGUAUUCUACGGAUCAGCAUGGGAAUGGAGUGACAAGCGUCAGGAAUACUACCUGCACCAGUUUGCGGUCGGUCAGCCGGAUUUGAACUACCGCAACCCGGAAGUGAUCAAGGAGUUCGACGACAUUCUGCUGUUCUGGAUGCAGAAGGGAGCGUCCGGGUUCCGGAUCGACGCGAUCAACCACAUGUUCGAGGUGGAAGAUUUCCGCGACGAGCCGAUCAACAAUCCGGAAGAUCCGAACAGUUACGGCUACACUCACCACAUCUACACCAAGGAUCUGCCGGAAACGUACGACGUGAUCGCCCACUGGCGCAAGCUGAUCGACAGCUACGUGGAGGAGAACAAGGUGGAUACCAUCAUCAUGAUGACCGAGGCGUACGCGAAUCUGACCAUGACCAUGAAGUUCUACGAAUCCGACGACGGCAAGGAGCAGCGAGCGCACUUCCCGUUCAACUUUGCCAUGAUCGAGGAUCUGAACGAUCACUCAAAGGCAACCGACUUCAAGUACAUCAUUGAUCGAUUCCUGGAUAACAUGCCCCGCGGCAAGGUCACCAACUGGGUGCUCGGCAACCAUGACAAGCCCCGAAUGUCCAGCCGAUACGGUCGCGAAAGGGUCGACGGAAUGGCGCUGAUGUUGAUGACGCUGCCGGGCGUUGCGGUCAUCUACAACGGUGAAGAAAUCGGAAUGGAGGAUUUCCGCGAUAUGUCCUACGAAGACAGUCGCGACCCGCAAGGAUGCAACUUGGGCGAGGAAAACUACAUGUGGGCUUCGAGAGAUCCUCAGCGAACUCCGUUCCAGUGGGAUGAUACCUUCAACGCCGGAUUCUCGUCCGCUCCUCGCACGUGGCUUCCGAUGCACCCCCUCUACCGCCAAACCAAUCUGCUCAAGCAGAAAGAAGCCGACUACAGCACGUACCACUUCUACGUGGACGCCCUCAAGCUGCGCAAAGAUCGCGUCUACACGCACGGAGAGUUCCGCUCGCGGGCGUACAACGACGACGUCUUUGCCUUUGUUCGAUUCCUGCGCGAAAACGAGGAUCGUGGGCUCGACCCGUACAACGUGAUCGUGAUCAACUUCCGGGGAGAACCGCAUACGAUCGACGUUACGGAUCUGUACCGGUUUGCAGGUGAGACCGCGCCUGUGCGUUUAGUGGGAACGGAUUCGCGACACAAGGUAGGAGAUUCCGUCAACACCACGGCGCUGCAUUUGGGACCGUACGAGGCCAUCGUGAUUGGUCACGGUGGAGCAACAAGUGGAGCUGUGGGACUGCAAGUUUCGAUCAGUUUGUUGAUUGUAGCAAUGUUGAAGUUCUUGUUGUUUUAGUUAAAUAAACUCUUGAAAACUAAA